AUGGCCGCCCCCCCCCGCCUCGGCAUCCAGAUGCUGCUGGAGGCCGCCGAGUUCCUGGAGCGGCGGGAGCGAGAAGCCGAGCACGGUUACGCCUCGCUGUGGCCCGGCGGGAAGGACGGCGAGGCCCCGCGGCGCCGCGCCAAGGCCCGGAGGAGCGGCGGCGGCGGCAGGUCGACACACAAUGAGAUGGAGAAGAACAGGCGAGCCCAGCUCCGGCUGUGCCUGGAGAGGCUGAAGGGGCUGGUGCCCCUGGGGGCGGCGGCCGGGCGGCACACCACGCUCAGCCUGCUCACCAGGGCCAGGCUCCACAUCCAGAAGCUGGAGGACCAGGAGCGCCGAGCCCUGCACCAGAUCGAGCAGCUGCAGCGGGAGCAGCGGCACCUGCAGCGGCAGCUGGAGAAGCUGGGCAUGGAGCGGGUCCGCAUCGACAGCAUCGGCUCCAGCGUCUCCUCCGAGCGCUCCGACUCGGAGCAAGGUGAGAGCCCGGCGCGGGGCGCGGCCGCGGGCAGCCCCGGCCCCGCCGGAGCCCCAACGCCGCCCGUGUCCCCGGCAGAAGAGAUGGACGUGGACGUGGAGAGCACGGACGACCUGCCGGCCGAGCUGGACUGGAGCAGCAGCAGCCCCAGCGACUCGGACGAGCGCGGCAGCCUGCAGAGCCUGGGCAGCGACGAGGGCUACGCCAGCUCCGGCGGGACGCGGGCCAAGGCGGCGGGCGGCAGGAAGCUUCCCGCGGGCGUGUAGGGAGGGAGCGCUUCCCUGGAACGGCACCGGCCGGCACAGCGACAGCGACAGCAUUCCCUGCACGGAAACCCCCGCCGGCCCGCCCGCUCCCGGGGCUCCGUUUGCACCGCCUGCUCUGCUCCCGGAUCUCCGUUUGCUCCCGGGGCUCCGUUUUCUCCCGGGGCUCCUCUCUGCCCGCCCGGCAAUAGCAGCGGCCUCAGGAGCCUGCCCUGGAUGCUCCCCGGGCCGUCGCUGCCCCGUGUUCCCUCCGUCCUCAGGACAAGCUGGGGGUUUUCGGGAGCAGGUCCCGCACGCAGCCGGUGCUUUGCGAGUUCCCGUGCGCGGGACCGGGAGCGGCGUUUGGGAUCAGUCGGGGCCGCCUUGCCCGACUCUAAACCUUCAGGGACGCCUCGCCAGCCCGGGAGCGUCCUGGCCGGGGCAGGCUCGGAGCCCUGGGCUCCUGUGCCGCUCCCGGAGCGGGGCACGGCCCCGCAGAGCCCGGAAUGCCCUCCCCAUCCUCUCGGGGACAGCUUCUCUACCUCGGAGGGAGCCGGGGCCUCUCUCCACCCCUUCAGCACAAAGAUGAUGCCUCUGCUCAGCAAUAACCCCGCGGGGUUCUCCCCUCCGUCCGCCCGGCAUCGCUCCGGGCUCCUGGAAGGUUCCAGAAGGGAGGGCGGGUCCCGGCCGUGGUGUGGGUUCGUGUCCCAGCGCACCGCACGGAGCUCUCCCACCCCUUUUGGCCUGUGGAGGCGCGGAGAGCUCUGCUCGCAGCACCUUCCCCUUGCCCCUGCCCGCUCCCAGGCGUUCCCAGCCCCCGGGGCCGGGCGGGGGUCCGGGGACCCCGCAGGGCUGGGAUGGAGCCCGGAGCCUCUGCCGGUGCCUCUCAGGAAAUGCCGGUGCUGCGGGGCAGCGGGAUGCGCCGAGCGGCGCUGGGGAUGGUGGGCAGCAGGAGACCCCGGCGCUUCUCCCUCUCCUGGGCCCUUUCCCCUUCCCUUCCUUUUUCCUUCCCUUCCCUUUUCCCUUCCCUUCCCUUCCCUUCCCUUUUCCCUUCCCUUUUCCCUUCCCCAAUCCCAUUCCUGUCUCACAUGGGAGCCCACAGGCCCCACAAGUUGCCCAAAUCCCCUCAGAUUUUGCCUCUUUUUUUCCAUGUGCUGGCUCAUAAGAGAAAAAAAAAAAAAAAAAAAUCCACAAGGAAUUUUCCUUCAAAGCUGCUGGAAUUUUCCACCCUCUGGCGUUGUCACAGACCCUGGGCACCUGAGCUCAACCCCUGCACCGCCAAAAAGAGGGGGGAAAAGGCAAAAAGGUGGAAAAGACAGAGAAAAAGAGGAAUAGCAGCUGCUGGGGCGGCUUCGCCUCCAGCUGGGGAAUCCCAGGUGGUUCCCAGCUCUGGGCAGGCCCUUCCAGAGGUACCAGACGUUGAUUUUUGGUCGGUUUUGGGCAUUCUGAAGGUUUGGCCUCAGCACAAAUGAGGGGUUUUGGCAGCUUUGUGCCUUUCUGGGUUCCCAAUGCCUUUUGUCCCCUUUUUUCCCCUUUUUCCCCUCGUCGCCCAGGCUGCCCCUGCCAGCCCUUUGCACUGUGGGGCUGAGCUCCGGGACCCCCAGAGCUCUGCACUGGCCCGGAGUCCCCCCGGGUGCCCGUGGUGGUGCCAGCCUUCUCCUGGAAUUCACUGAUCCACCAGCAUUCCUAUCAAAUAAGCUGCAGGAAGGACUUUUUUAUAGGUUGUGACGUAAAAAAUAAAAAAUAAUCCAGGGAGUGGGGGGAGUCGGAUCAGGGCACGGACGGGUGGGAAUCAAACCCCCCCAUUUUUGGGGCUGGUUUUCCUUUAUUUUUCCUCUUGGAAUGCAGAUCCCAAACCACCAGCUCCCAGGAAGCACCAAAAUGUCCUUUUCUUUUCAUCCUUGAUUUGUCCAGCGGAGCCACCCCCCCGUCUCCACUCGAGCUUUGUUAUUCUUUGGGACACUUCUGAUUAUUUGUGCUUUUCCCCUCCUUUUUUCUGUUCUUUCUGCUCUCCCCAAGCAGUGGCUCCAGCCCAGCUGGGACGGGCUCAGCUCCCGUUUCCUGCUGUAAAUGUAAAUAUCCCAAUAUUGUCCCACUGCAGGGCUGAACCCCCGUGGCAAGCCAAUAGAAUGGUGCUUUUUUUCCUUUUUAUUUUUUUUCCUCCUUUUUUUUUUUUUUUUUUUUUUUUUUUUU